AAGGCAGAGUGAAAGAGAAAGAGAAGGGGAAGGAAAAAAAAAUAGGAGGAGGGUAAAAGAAAGAAGAGAUCCUGAUGGAAAUCAGGGCACUGUGACCAGCUCCUGCUCGGAGCGGGGGAAGGCGAGGCGGAAACGAGAUUUCCCUACAAGUUUUGCUGCUGCCGCUGCCUGAAGGUUGCUGAGGAGCCUUCCCCGCUCGGCGAGGGGGGGUGGGUUUGUUCGCUUCUCUCUGCUUUCCCUCCCUCCCCAGCCUCUGCUCUGCAGCCUGCCCGUACGGAGGAAAGGUGGAGGGGUGGGGGGGAGGGGGGGAACACAGCCGACCCAAAAAGCGAGCCCGACUUCCAGCCGCCACCCUCCGCGACGGAAGAAAAGAGGGACUGAGAGCACGAGAAAAAAGAAGAGGAAAAAAAGGAUCUCAGCUUGUCCAGCCCUUCCGCGGCAACGGGAGCACGCAGCGAACCCGGUGGAUUUUUUUCUCCCCUUCUUCGGCAUUGCUGUUCAAGCGCAAGGACUUCAACCCGGGGAAAAAGAGCCGCAGAGGGAGAACAACAACACAGAAAGCAAGACGAAUAAUGAACAAUCCUGUUACCCUGCUGUCCCGAGGGCCGAGGAUGUGCCCCGGCUCGGGAAGUUGUAGGCUGUAAAAGUUCUGCCUCUCCCCCAUGUACUGUGCUGUUUAGAGCUUGUUUUCCCCCACCCUAUUUUUUUUUUUCUUUUUGGUGCUUUCUCGUUGUUAUUGUUAUUAUCUUAAUUUUUCUUCUCCAUGAUGUGCUGUUAGAAACCACUCCAGGACUACUCCAGCAGUAGGAAGAUCGAGGAGUGGAGUGGAUGAAUAUACCGAUGAGAGAUCCAGUGAUCCCUGGGACAAGCAUGGCUUAUCAUCCUUUUUUACCUCACCGGGCACCGGACUUUGCCAUGAGCGCCGUGCUGGGACAUCAGCCCCCUUUUUUCCCGGCCCUGGCUUUGCCCCCCAACGGGGCGGCAGCCCUCUCCCUCCCCGGGGCCCUGGCUAAGCCCAUUAUGGAUCAGCUAGUGGGGGCUGCAGAGACUGCUAUCCCUUUUUCUUCCCUGGGCCACCAGGCAGCAGCCCAUCUGAGGCCUUUAAAAACUCUGGAGCCAGAAGAAGAAGUGGAAGACGACCCGAAAGUGCACCUGGAAGCCAAAGAGCUUUGGGAACAAUUCCAUAAAAGAGGCACGGAGAUGGUGAUCACCAAAUCGGGAAGGAGAAUGUUUCCUCCGUUUAAAGUGAGAUGCACUGGACUGGAUAAAAAGGCCAAGUACAUUUUAUUGAUGGAUAUUGUGGCGGCUGACGACUGUAGAUACAAAUUCCAUAAUUCCCGGUGGAUGGUAGCAGGCAAAGCUGACCCUGAAAUGCCAAAGAGAAUGUACAUCCACCCGGACAGCCCGGCCACCGGAGAACAAUGGAUGUCCAAAGUCGUCACCUUUCAUAAGCUGAAGCUCACUAACAACAUCUCCGACAAGCACGGAUUUGUGAGUCCUUUUCCCCUCUCCCCAAGCACUGUUCCCCCGCAGCGCCCGGCCCGGAGCUUUCCCAGGCACUGCAAUUCGGGCACCACACGUGUGUGGAAAAUGGGGAAUAAACAGCCCCUGCAUGCAGCCGGCUGGUGUGUUUAUGUCCAGUUAAAACGUUCCUUUCUUUUUCUGUUGCCGAGGUCAGGAUUAAAUGAGAGAAUUUAUUCUGCAAGCUUUCCAAACACCCAAUCCGUACCGUUCAGAAUAAACUUUAGAGACACGUUUCCAACAUAUGCCCGCCGCUCCUCGCCGUUUCUUUCUAUUUCUGGGAAAAUCACUCAAUUAAAAAUUGACAACAACCCCUUUGCCAAAGGUUUUCGCGACACUGGGAAUGGAAGGAGGGAAAAAAGGAAGCAGCUGACCCUGCAGUCCAUGCGGGUGUAUGACGAGAGGCAGAAAAAAGAAAAUCCCACUUCAGACGAAUCGUCCAACGAGCAGACAGCCUUCAAGUGCUUCGCCCAGUCCUCCUGCCCUGCCGUGCCCGCCGUCGGCACCUCCAGCCUCAAAGAUCUCUGUCCCAGCGAGGGUGACAGCGAUGCCGACAGCAAAGACGACCCUUUGCUAGAAGCCAGCGAGUCGGGCAAAAUCAGCACGACCACGGCCACCACCCCCGCGCCGGCCAGCUCCGGUGCGGCCGCGAGCGACGACCCCCGGGAAAAGGGGGGCAGCCCCUCCAAAAGCCACUUCUUCCCCAGCGACUCGGCGACGAGUCGGAGCCGGGAGAGGACGGAAAAAGCCCCUCCGGACUCCCGGCACAGCCCGGCCACCAUCUCCUCCAGCAGCCGGGGGGGAGGCUUGAGCGGCGAGGAACUGAAAAGCCCCCUUCGGGACGGCCCUAAAGUAGACGAGAACCGGCUGCUGGGCAAAGAGCCCUUCGCCCCUCUCACAGUCCAGACCGACAGCACGGCACACCUGAGCCAGGGACAUUUGCAGAACCUGGGGUUUCCCCCUGCUCUGGCCGGCCAGCAGUUCUUCAACCCUCUGGGAAACGGGCAUCCACUGCUGCUGCACCCCGGGCAGUUCGCUAUGGGGGGAGCUUUCUCCGGCAUGGCCGCGGGCAUGGGUCCGCUGCUCGCCACAGUGUCGGGGGCUUCUGCCGGCGGCUCGGGACUGGAUAGCACGGUGAUGGCCACGGCGGCCGCCCAGGGACUCUCGGGAGCAUCCACGGCCGCUCUGCCCUUCCACCUGCAGCAGCACGUCCUGGCCUCUCAGGGCUUGGCCAUGUCUCCCUUCGGCAGCCUCUUCCCCUACCCCUACACCUACAUGGCGGCGGCGGCGGCGGCUUCCAGCGCGGCCUCCAGUUCUGUGCACCGGCAUCCCUUCCUCAACGCCGUGCGGCCCCGGCUCCGCUACAGCCCCUACCCGUUGCCCGUGCCCCUGCCCGACGGCAGCAGCCUCCUCACCACCGCGCUGCCCGGAGCCCUGGCCGCGACCUCCGGAGAGACCAAAGGCAGCGCUCUGGCCUCCAGCCCCGGCGCCGUGCCUCUGGACUCCGCCUCGGACCUCACCAGCCGCUCGUCCACGCUCUCCUCCGGCUCGGUAUCCCUGUCCCCAAAGCUGGGAGCCGACAAGGAGGCGGCUACCAGCGAACUGCAGAACAUCCAGCGCCUGGUCAGCGGCCUCGACCCCAAGCAGGACAGAUCCCGCAGCGGCUCCCCGUAGCCGCCAGCUCAUUUCAAACCAGUCUCGCAAUGCACUUUGUUUGAAAGAAACCACAUCCUCCAUCCCGCCAAGCCUUUCAGCCCUCCCUCCUAUCCUCCCCCCUUUCCCCUUUUUAUUUUAUUGGUUUUUUGUUUGUUUGUUUGUUUGUUUGUUUAAGUUUUAUUUUUAAUAUAAAUCGCCCGGCGUCUUGUGGGCGCUGAUCAGCAAAAAGUGUCGAGCUGGGGGAGGGGGGGAGGACGGGGAAGGGCCGGGCUGGGAGCCGGGCCGGGGGCUGCCGCACCGAGGGGCCGCCGGAAUGCGUCCCACCCCCCCAUCCCCCUUCUUCACUGUCUAAAAAAAUAUUAAGAACGGGGAAAAAAAAAAAAAAAAAGGAAAAAAAAAAAAAAGCAAAAAAAAAAAAAAAGGAAAAAAAAACCGCCUGAAAUAAAGCGAAGCAAAACAGCGAACGGACGUAUAAAUAAAAGAAAGUAAGCAAAGCGAUUUUUUUUUUUUUUUCUUCCUAAAGAAAACUGUAUAAGCAACUCUCAUAUCGGUCAUUCGCCAGUUGUUCAGUUGUUUCCUGGGCGGGUUGGUAGCGACAGCCCUCUGCGUCGAUAUUAAGGGAAGCUGUGUGUUUAAAAUAUUAUCGUGAUGUCUGAGAGCCACUCGGUGGCUUUUUUUGCAUGUUCCGUAGUAGUCUGCUUUUUUAGGGGGGGGUUACGUUUUUAUUUCGUUGGGUUUUCGUUGUUUAUUUCUGAUGCUCGUUUCGAAUCCCAGGGACAAAAUAAUGAUAAUAAUAAUAAUGAUAAUAAUAAUAAAAACGAAAAGAAGACCCCUCUUCCCUCUCCCUUAAAGACCCUCCCCGUAGCAACAACAAUAAGAAGUGUAGCUGGAAAGAAAAAAAAGAAGUGGAUUUAUUUUAUCUGAAAACCUCUGUAGCUCGACUGUAGGUUUAUCACAGCUUUCCCUCUUCCAUUGUAUAUGCAAUAACAAGGUUUAAACACGCUGAGAAGAAGAAAAAAAGCGGACACUAUUAUUAAAGCAAAGUAUUUAUGUAAUUAUUUGAUAACUCUUGUAAAUACGUGGAAUAUGAAUACUCGAAAUUAAACUUUAAUUUAUUGACGUUGUACAUAUCUCUGUAAA